UUACUUGCUACUAUAAAAGCUUUAUGCAGAGACGCAUAUUUUACAGUCGUAUGAACUAUAUUCUGUUCUCGAAGAAACUGAACUAAGAAUCUGAAGGUUACCUGGAAACAAACAAUACUUACCAGAGUGUUAAUAACGGCGCCAAUUUUUAGCUAAAUACAACAAUAAAUAAAAGCAGACAUUCUAAAUGGGAAAAAGUAAUUAAAGAUGCAGUCUACAACAUCUAUUACCCUUUUAACAAAUAAUCAGUUUUUUUCUGUGUGUCACUACAUUACGACUUUAGGGAUUAUUUUGAAUAACAAUAACCUGCUUUCAACUCCAGCCGAAAAUGAUACCGUACCCGUCCUGAAUGCCUUUUUUGAAUAUCUAAUCAAGUCGGAUAAUGAGUCAGCUGCAAAAAUCCAUCUUUUUAAAGAAAUUCGAAAUAUAAUUAAUGUUUCUGGCUACGAAGAGGUGAAAAAUUUUGAGAAUGUUAACAAAUUAUAUCAGUACAUUAUUAAUAUUGGUCUAUUUGCCCAUUAUGGAAAUAUUACGGGUUAUGUAAGUAAUAUUUACCAGGAUAACAAAAACAAAAGCUUUUCUGAUCUACAAGAAAUUUUGUUUCACGAUUUCUCAAACAAUCUCACCGCUAAGAAUAUUUGCUCGUUAAGAAAAGAAUCCGAAAAUCUUAAUUCUCUUGCAAUUAAAAGAAUCUUUGUUGAGUAUGUUUUACCUGUUUUUACUAAAAUGUGGAAAGGAAAUGAAAAUUUAAAUGUGCAAAGAAAUGAUUUGAAAAUAGUAAAACGGUUUAGAAGACAAGAAUCAUCAUCAGAAGACAGUGAUAGUGGUGCUCUAGUAAUUGAUGAAGACUCACCUGAAGAAGAGGAUCCAUUAAGAAAAUUUCGUUUUAAUUUUUUAUUAAAACUAAAAGUUCAGGGUUUAACAAUUUUGAAUCAAGAGAGAGAUUUAUUCUCUAAUAUAGUAAACAUUAUAGCCCUUGAGCAAUUACGUGAUGGUUUAAACUUGCCACUUGAACUCUGGCUUCAAGAAUUUACAACUAAUGUAAGUAUUGCUAACUAUUUAAUUAAUUUAAAAGGAUCAACAUUUAUCACUAGGGAUUUCAUGCUGGUAACGAGUAAUCCAUCAGGGCAAGUACCUCCAAAUUUACGGAAUCCCCAGACACAUUCACAGAUGAAUGGAAUAAACAUAUUUUAUUACAUAACAAGUGAAUCACUUAACGGUUUUGUUGAUCUGAAUCAGUACAACAUCCACAAUCUAUACAUACUCUUUCCAAAUAUUAAUUUUACAGUUACGGAUGUGAGGUACGAGGAAAUUGAAAAUAGAUUGUCUGUAAUUAUUGUCCUGGAAAGAAAUGAUUUAUCGACUAUUUCGUGGUUUAAUAUUAUUAAAACUAAUGAAAGAAAUUCCACUAGGAUGAAUGCUAUCAAAAGAGCUGCAAAAUUCAUAUCGUUAAAUGGUUCAAUGGCAACAUAUCCUGAAGCUGUGAAUAGGUUGAAGAGUUACAUAUUGUCUACCGAUACUGACAUUCACAAUUUACUGACAUAUGAUCAACUGGCUCAAAAUUAUUUGCAGCACAUGCUAAAUGAGGACUUUUAUUUACCUUGGAAAAUUGAUAAUAGCAAAUACAUAAAUGAUGUUCUAUAUGAAUCAAAGUUUUAUUUUCAACCUGACUUUAAUCAUUGUUACCAGGAAUUGAUGAAAAUACUUAAAAUAUUGAGUAAAUCCACUUUAAGUUACUAUUAUAAUAUGUAUCGCACAGAUUUAAAUUCAUUACAAAAAAAAUUUCGCUUUGAAGAUUUUUAUAGAAUUGGCUAUUUAUUAAACAAAAAACGCGUUGAACGUUUGUCAAAGUUUUUUAAAGUUGCAGUAUUGAGACUGGCACUUAGACAAUGUGAUGAGGAAUUGAAUGAAGAGCCAAUUGUACUCUAUCAGGCUUUUUAUGUGACUGAUACUCCACGUAACGUAUACCAAUAUACAGGACGAUUUGUGACUUUAGGAUCAGCAGUACCAUGCAGUAGAAAUCUAAAUCUUCUACUAUCAAACGUCUUAAAUGAUACUAGUGGUGAAGAAAUAUUAUUUGUUUUUCAAAUAAAAAUAAAUAAUCGUUGUAGAGUAGCAGACGUUUAUCAAUUUUCCAGAAGUGAAGUCAAAUCACAUUUCUUAUCUACUCGUGAACACUAUGAACGAAUUGAAAAAGUUGAAGUAAUCAUUGGGAAUCAGAAAGUAAUUUACAUCACGGUUAAACCCAUCAAAGAAAAGACAAAAGAAAAACAAAUAAUUGACAUUGUAAAAGAGCUAAAUGAUAUUUAUAUGGAUGGAAAGAAAUAUUAUAUGGAAGAAUAUUAAAAUGCAAUUAUAUACAAUUUUCUUCAUAUUUUUUUAAUAUACGAAUGUGUAGGAAUAUAAAUUUGAUAUUAAAAAAGAAAUAGCAAAUGUUUCAAGAGAAAAUAAUUUAUAUUUUAUAAAACUAAAAAUUUACAAUUUCUUUAAAUAAAGUAAAAUUGUUACACUUAGAAAUAUUAUAGUACGAAUAAUUUAAAUAUUAUCAAUAUAAAGCAAGUUCCCAAAAAAGGAACCAAUUCUAUGGCAUUGCCCAUUGUUUUACUGUCAUCAAUGACUGUCUUCUCAUCAUUGCACUUUGUCGUUUUAAUAUAUAAAAACAACUUACUGAAAGAAAUUUAGAAUUAAUACUUUUAUUUACUGUUAAUUUAGAUAUUUCUAAAUUUAAUACAAAAAAUGUUGUUGCUUCUUAAAAUAUAAAUUUUAACAAUAAUCAUUAAGAUAAACUUAAAUAUUUACCACUGUUUACCUAGGAUUACUACUCAUCAUAAAAUAUUGACUUUAGCCACAUCAAGACACUUUUUUGUGUGGCUGUGUAAUUUUUUGAAAUGUAUUAACCAGUCACUGUACAACCUUCGUCUUAAAAACUAAUCACUCCUCCACCUUAUGUAUUUAAUCCCGUUACAUCUCAAUGUUUUAAUAAAUGUUAAAUUUUAUGACACAA